AUGUCAGAUAUCUCUCGUUCUCAAGCUGAGCAAAGGCAAACUCAGCUCGAUGCUUCAAGACAGUUUACGCCAGUUGAAGACGCCUAUUCCGCUCAUGUUCGAGAUCGUCGCGUAGCGCAAGAGUUACGCGAUCAAAGAGGCUCUCGGGGACACACGCUCCCACACGAUAGUUUGGACAGCGUCUUUCCUCCUCCUCCACCUCCAUUGGAGGACUCUCGCGGUGGCCAGCGCUAUCUGGUUGAGCAGCUGUUGAACCACCGCGACGUGAACGGACGUCAGACGAGUUAUCUCGUCCGGUGGCGCGGCUAUCCCCCGUCCUGGGAUUCUUGGGAGCCCUGCUCCCAACUGAUGAUCGACGUACUGGGUCUGGUCGAGCAGUACGACGCGGCACAUCCUGUGUUGCAGAAGGAUCGCCGGAGAAAGUCUUCCCCGGCACGGUCGUAA